UACUUCUGUAAAAUCACACAUCAUUCAAGCAUUUGACGCGAUGGAGAUGAAAGAACAUUUAUUAUUCCUGGUGUUCAUCUUUGUUCAAAGAGUUCCAUUAGUCCGAGGUUCAUGCCGAGACAUGCUGUUUAAAUGGGAAACCAGCGGCAAGGCACUAACGAUGUUUGUAUUCAAGACAAUCGACAAUAUCGACAAUCGUUUAUGUAGAGCAAAGUGCUUCAUUGAGCAAAAUCGCUGUCUAUCGUACAAUUAUCACAUCAACUCAAAAACUUGUGAAUUGAGCGAAUCAGACCACUUCAUAAAUCCUGAAAAGAUGGUAAAUAGACCUGGUUCUUUGUAUACUGCUGCUGAGAAUACGUGCAAAUGUGCCAAGCAUGAAUUAUGUCGAUAUAAACCCUCAUCAGAUACAUUCUACUGCGUGUGCAACGACAAUUAUCCAGGUUCUAACUGUCUCGCAAAUUUCAAGACGCGAGCGCYUACUGGCGGGAAAGCUGUGGACAUGCGCAGUGCRUUUUUCACCAGUGUCAACAAUUUGCUAUUYGUAUAA